AUGGUAGCUGAAUCAUUGCAAAAAUGCAAACAAACAAAAAAAGUUGGACGUAAUCUAACGGCAAAUCAACUUCAAAAGCCCUUAAGCCCUUCUCCUAAACCGGUUAUGACCAUAGAACAACAGCAACAUGAUUCUCAAGAAAUGGUGGCCUUGCAAGCCGAGAGGAUGGUUUACUCCUUGACAUUCCCAAUGGUCCUCAAAGCUGCCUUGGAGCUGGGAGUCAUCGACACGAUGGCUACCGUUGAGGACGGUGUGUGGCUCUCGCCUUCCGAGAUAGAGUCUCGUCUCCCUACUAAACCCACCAACCCUGAGGCUCCAAUGAUGCUGGACUGGAUGAUGCUAUUACUCGCUAGCCACUCGGUCUUGAAAUGUCGUGUGGUUGAAACGGGAGAGAACGACCAAACCGGAAAAACCGAAAGGGUAUACGCAGCCGAACCGGUUUGCAAGUUUUUCUUGAAAUCUAGUGACGGCUCGGGUUCUCUCAGAUCUCUCUUCAUGUUGUGCCAUAACCAUGUCAUUUUCACGUCUUUGUAUGUACUAUAGACUAGUUAAUAAGGCAAGAAAAUUGCAAUUACGUCAAGCCAGUUUACAUAUUCCUAAUUAAUACAUUUUCUACAGGUCACAUCUCAAGGAUGUGAUAUUACAAGGAACAGAUGCAUUUAUUCUGCCUAUGGCAUGAAAGUCUUCGAUUACCUUGCUGUUGAUGGACAAUUCUCUGAGAUGUUUGACCCGGGAAUGUCGGAAUCUUCAACCAUGUUCAUGAAGAAGGUUCUAGAAAUUACAAAGGAUUCGAAGAUGUUAACACUUUGGUGGACGUGGGUGGAGGAGUUGGAACCGUACUAGGUGUAGUCACUUCCAAGUAUCCUCAUAUCAAGGGCAUCAAUUUCGACUUAGCAUCGGUUUUAGUCAAUGCUACUACAUAUCCCGGUAAACAAAUUAAAUAACAAACUUGGUAUUAUUAGUAUAUAUCUUUACUAAAUCUGUUAAAGGAGUGCAACAUGUGGCGGGAGACAUGUUUAUAGAAAUUCCAAGGAAUAUGCUAUUUUCAUGAAAGUAAGUAUACAUGUCUCUGAACUAUCAUGGUCUAAAACAUUUUUUCUAACAAAAUAAAAUGAUUUAAAUUGAUGACAGUGGAUACUGCAUGCUUGGAAAGAUGAAAACUGUGUUAAAAUUCUCAAAAAUUGUUACGCAAGUCUUCCAGAAAAAGGAAAAGUGAUUGUCGUCGACGUGGUUAUGCCAACAGAACCAAAGUGUUACGACUUUGCUUCUAACAUGGACCUCACUAUGGACAUGUUCAUACUAUCACAACGUUCAGGUGGUAGAGAAAGGACUCUUCCUCAAUUGGAGGCUAUAGGUUGUGCUGCAGGCUUUAGUCGUUGCGAGUUCGCUUAUCGAAAACCAAUUUUAUAUAUGUAGUAGAUGAGUCAUUAAUAAGGCACUAAGGUUUUAUUACUAAU